AUGGAGAACCAGUAUGCCAAACUGAAGAAACCUACGCUGAAGGAUCUACUAGAGAGCAGAGGAUGGAGUGCCAGUAACAGACCACGAAAAGAGCUGAUUGCUGAUCCGCUAGAGCUGGACGAGAUGGAUCAGUCCGUGGAAAGCCCCGAACUGAGUUUCCAGAACCAGGAGGAGGAGGAGAUCCGCCUCAUCGUCCUGGGGAGGCUAGAUAUGUAUCCGGCCCCAUCUGAGGUCAAAGCAGAGAUUGAGGUCAAAGCAGGUCCUAGAGGUCAAAGCAGAGAUUGA